AUGAGGAGGAAAGAUUUGACAAGUGAAGAAAGGGCUGCUCUCAUUCAAUUCUUGAUCAUCGAAAGCAAGAAUGGCAAGCCACCACGAGGCAAAAUGAAGGCUGCCGAACUCAAGUUCGGCGUCUCUCGGCGAACCGUGUGUCGUCUUUGGGCUGAGGCAAAGCAAAAACAGAUCAACGGUCAGUUUAUAAGUUCACAAAGUAGAAAAAUUUGUAGACCAAGGAAAAAAAGAGUACAAAUUGAUCUAGAGUUAAUUGCAAGCAUUGAGUUAUCUAAAAGAUCAACCAUACGAAGAUUGGCUAGCGGAAUAAACUGCAGCAAGAGUACCGUAGGUAGGUGGAUAGAUCAGGGGCUGAUCAAGGCUCAUACAAGUGCUAUAAAACCUGACCUAACAGCCCCAAAUAAGCUGUUACGGUUGAGGUUUUGCUUAGACAAUAUUGAGUAUGACAGGCUGCAAGAUAAAUUGAAGUUCAAGAGCAUGUACAACACUAUCCAUAUCGAUGAAAAGUGGUUCUACAUCACCAAGGCUUCUCACAGAUUCUAUUUAACUCCAGCAGAGGCUGAGCCACAUAGAAGUUGCAAGAGUAAAAAGUUCAUAAAAAAGGUGAUGUUCGUGUGUGCGGUGUGUCGACCAAUAUUUAGUGAUGAUGGGAGUGUUCUUUUUUACGGGAAGAUAGGAAUCUUCCCUUUAACAGAAAUGGUACCAGCAAAGAGGUCAAGCAAGAAUAGAGCAGCAGGGACACUUGAGCAAAAGCCAAUUGAGAGCAUAACACAACAAGUAAUGAGAGAGUGUUUCAUCAAGCAGCUUGUUCCAGCCAUUAAAGCCAAGUGGCCUUCAUUUGCAAGCAAGAUUAUCUUUAUUCAACAAGAUAAUGCUAGGCCACAUAUCAAGAAUGAGGACAGAGAGUUCAGAGACUGUGCAACAGCAGAUGGUUUUGACAUCAACAUCAUACAUCAGCCUCCAAACUCCCCUGACAAUAAUAUAAAUGACCUUGGAUGGUUUAGGGCUAUUCAAAGCCUGCAAACAGAGAGUGUUUGCUUUGAUGUGGAUAGCCUAGUAAAUGCAGUGGUUUCUUCCUUUAAUGAGCUUGCACCAAUGACAUUGAAUAAGGUUUUCCUAAGUUUGCAGGGUUGCAUGAUAGAGAUCAUGAAGGUUAAGGGGCAGAACUGCUACAAACUUCCACACAUGAAGAAGGAUGCACUAUUACGACAACAACUUCUUCCUCAAUGUUUGGAAGUUCCAACAGACCUGGUGAAAGAGACCAUAGCCUAUCUACGGGAAAAAGGGGAAGUGGAAGGCAUUGAAGAACUCGAACAUCGUUUAGGUAUUCACCAAGCAACAGUUGAAGGCAUUGAACAACAAUUCAAUGCCUUAAUGUUGCUUGAAUAG